AUGAUGACCGCAGCGGCAAAGAUUCCACCCAUCACUAUGAGCAAGCUCUAUGUGGGCAAUCUACCGAACGAGACCAACGAGAACAAACUCAGGCAACUUUUCGUUGAGCAAAAUCUUUCUUGUACGAAUAUUCUCAUUAAAAGAGGUGGAUACGCCUUUGUGGAUUGUCCAGAUCAGUCUUCUGCAGACAGGGCCAUUGAUAAACUUAACGGGUUCAAUUUUAAUGGAUCAGCUCUGGUGGUAGAGCCCUCUGUGGCUUCAGUGAAAAGAAAGCCGAAUGCAACUUUCCACGAACCACCGUCCAUCAAUGUCGGUAAUCCUUGGAUGAGAGCGAGCGCGUCUGAUCGCUAG